UCUGCCCUCUACGUGCGCCGAGCCUCUACCUCUGCGCACAACGGUAAACAAAAACAAGCAGAAACAUCCAAAUAAACCACGUGUGUAGAAUAGAGAAAGAGUGUAUUUGCGAUCGCAUGUCUGUUCCCAUACGUUGAAUGUGAAGAUCGUCCAAAUCCAAACCGAUUUUUAUUUUUAUUUUUUAUAGAGGUGUAGGCAGGUGUGAUUAUGAUGAGACUGUAAACAACACAUUUACAGAUAACGGUAUUCAUCAUUCUCAUAUUCGGAGUGUUUUGUUUUUUCCGAGAAGCUCACAUGUCUCCGAUAAAUAGAAAAUAGUAGCUUUUCAGAAAUAUAUAUUUUUUCGAAAUUAUUCGUGUGUGUAUCAAUUCUUUUCCGAGGAUAAGUACCUGGAAGAAGGUAAACUUCAGUUAUGGCGGAAGCCCAUUCUGCGGUAGCAUUUUCUUUCCAAAUCACCCAUGAAGGUUGGGAUGUGAAUUUGGAUAGAGAGGUGUUACACUUAGUAUGGCAGUCAGGAAUAAGGUCCUGGAAAAAGAAGGUCGCUAGGUUUGGGAAUAGUAUCCACAAUGGAGUCUAUCCAGGACAUUAUAGAUACUUAUGUUUACUCAUAGGUAUAGCAACAGCUGUACAUUUUAACGGGUAUAACGUGCCUUUGAAUUUAACCAACAGACUAUUACAUCUACUACCUGGAUCUUCGUUACUAUGGCAAAUGGCAGCAUGUAUACUGACUUCCCUUUUCUACUGGCUAACGGCAAUAUACAUGCUUAGAUACAUUCUAAAGUUGCUGUUAAUGUACAAAGGAUGGAUGUAUGAAUCAAGAGCCAGAGGUAGUCAGGUAUCUCUAAAAACGAAAAUAUGGUUCAGCCUUCUGAAAAUUUUUAGUGGUUGGAACACUCCUAAGUUGUACAGUUAUCAGGGCUCGUUGCCACGCUUGCCGCUACCGUCUCUACAAGACACUAUGGAAAGGUAUCUAAGAAGUGUGAAGCCGCUUCUACCGGAGGAAAAGUAUCAGCGUAUGGAAAAACUAGCUGAGGAGUUCCAGAAUGGAAUUGGUAAAAAGCUUCAGUGGUAUUUGGUGCUGAAAUCCUGGUGGGCGACAAACUACGUUUCUGAUUGGUGGGAGGAAUACGUUUAUCUACGUGGUAGAUCGGCACUUAUGAUUAAUUCGAAUUUCUAUGGGAUUGAUGCACUCUUCAUGCACCAUACCAAGAAUCAAGCAGCGAGAGCAGCUUCUUCCAUAUACUCCGUUCUAGUCUUCCGUAGAUUGAUAGAACGCCAGGAGCUCGAGCCAAUUAGAAUACAAGGCGUAGUUCCUUUAUGUUCUUGGCAAUAUGAACGCACGUUCAACACGACUAGAAUCCCUGGCAUAGAAACUGAUAAAAUUUGUCACUGGUCUGACUCAAACCAUAUCAUUGUGUACCAUAAAGGAAGAUAUUUCAAAGUAAUUAUUUAUAAGGGACGGAUACUCAAGCCUUGUGAACUUCAAGUGUAAGGAUAAGUAUUAUAUUUUGUGUGACAUUUUUCCAAAGACUAUUUGUUGUUUUAUGUGCUAAGUAGUACUCAGAGUUAACAUCACACAAAAAAUCGCGUAAGGUAGGUUAUCUCUGCACUUCCCACGGAACAUGUACAGCAGAGGAAUUAAACGGUUCAAGUAGGCCUAUAGACAUUCGUCCCCUGCCCUACCGGUAGUACCGUCCAUCUGACAACGUCGCCUAUCUCUCACACCUGAUCGCACCAUGCGGCAGUAAUGGCAGGACACUCAUAGACACCGACUCGUACGCCGGUGAACCCAGAAAGCUGAAGCAGGGACGUGUAUCGAAAACGGUUUUCUAUUAUUCUAAGGGCAAAUAUACGAGGAAAUCUAUGAUGUGUGAAAUAUGUCCAAUAGGUGCAUAGAAUUACCGGGGUUGGGAGCGUAUAAAUACUACUAAUAUCAGAAAAUUGCGAUAUUCCCUCCCUCACCACUUACAGCCCUCAAUAUUUAACCCCUAUAAUUUUUUUUCUGAAAUUGAUCCGGAGUUUCUGAAACGUUAAAAAACGAAAACUGAGCGAUUUAUAUUUUUUUCGUGUUUCUGCUCCUAGCUCUGCCGCCGCUGGACCGAUUUAAAAAAAACUACAAAGCUUUGUGUCCUUGGCAUAGUAGUAACCUUGUUUGAAAAUUUCAUCAAAACUGGAGCGGUUUUUCGCAACUUCUAGUCGGGCCAAUGUUUAACGGACAGAUACACAGCCCGUCAAACAGACCAAUGGAAAUGAGUGAUAUGAUUUUUCGUGAUUUACAUGUCAUAUAUCAUCCAAAGAACAUAUCUCAUUUUCAAAAAAUUUCCCGUUAACAAUACUUCGUUCAUGCAUCAGAAUAGUUGCCUUUUUCCAAAAAUCCUAUUCAGAUUGCGAUGGUGUGUCGUAAAUGUAGGAUUUAUUUAGCGCAAUGCGGAUCUGUAGAUACAUAUCUUCAUGUAGAAGGCGAUAUGAUCAUUGAUGAGAUAAUG